AUGGAGUGUGUGGAGCUGACGCCGUCGGAGUCGAGUACAAUCAACCGGCGCGGUGCUGUUCCUGCAAAUCUCGCCGGUAACAGCUACUACGCGCGGCGGUACAGCACCCAGAGUGGCUCACGUCGCGGCACCUUGGGUGCGACAGAGCCCGAUGUGCAGUUUCGUAACGGCGACCUGGUGCUGCGCCUGUGUCUCUCUGCGGUGCCACGAGAGUUGUCCCACAAGCGCAUCGUGGACGUGACAGGCAUGCAGACAAGUUUUCACGACGUCUCUGAGCGACACAGCAAAGCCCUCGCCACGAUCGAGGAGGCAAUGCAGACAAUGCACCUACACGACGGGCAUGAGGUGCCUGCUCUGCAGCGUGGCGACGUGAACCUCGUACGAUUGCAGGCGAGGUGCGUGUACAUUUCCCCGCCGCUGUCACACUCUUCUGCCGCAGGUGAAGCUGCUGUAAUGGACCUGAUGCACCUGUUCUCCGCACUUCGACCGCUGAGCAACCCAGAUGUGCUUCUGGCGCAGGCGCGGCGGCUGUCCUUCCGGACUGAGAUGGAAGCCGUGCAAACGGCGCAGGUCAUGGCAUCCUUCGUUACGGAGCUGAGAGGCAGCGGGGCUGUGCCUGGAGGUUAUGGAUCUUCUGUUGGUGCCUUAAGCUCCGCAGCGGUGCUGAGACCGGUGGUGCGCGACGGUCACUUAGUUGCUAUGAAGCUGUGCCCUCCUCGCGACACCGCUCGAGGGCUCAGGAGACGCUGA